AUGGCAAAGACCGCGCAAGGCAGCUCAGCUUCGGCGCCGGAGUCGUCUCUCGCCACAGACGCCCACGCCACCGAUCCAGCGCUGCUUCGCGAUCAUUCCCAGCUCAAGUCUUACAAGACCAGCCGCUUCGAGUACCCCGAGAUCCGCGUCUUCUUCCGCCAGCACGUCAAGGCCGACCAGCUGCCCAAGAAGCCCGCGCCGCUGCCGCUGCUGGUGUGCGUCCCGGGGCUGGGCGGCUCGGUUGCGCAAUUCCACCCGCUGCUGAGGAGCCUGGUUGACCUGGCGCCGUGCCUGGCCAUUGACUGGCCUGGUGGCGGGCGGUCCAGGUUUGCGCCGACGCAAUGGGAGGCGUAUACUUCGGCGGCGCUGAUGGAGCUGCUGGAGGUGGUGAUUGAGGACCAUCGCGACAAGGAGCACGGCCAGGGCGUGGUCUUGAUUGCGCAUAGCAUGGGCACCAUUUUGUCGGCGGGCCUGGCGAACCCCAAGCUGCCGCACAAGACGUCUCUCGCCAAGCACGUUGUCGGCCUGGUUGCCAUCUGCCCCGUGUCUGGCCCGAUGGAGGAAUCCAAAGCAAAGCUGGUCAAGCGGCUGUUUUGGAUCCCCGGCUGGGUCUUCAACCUGUGGCGCAUGUGGGAUGGCAGAGGAGGGCCAAACAGCGCCAGCGUUGCGCGCUUCGUGGGAGAGGGCGCGCCGGCCGAGCUCAAGCUCAUGCAGCACCGAUACAAUCGCCAGAGUCUAACGCCGGUAUGGAGGCGCAUGGCAUACGGCGCCUUGCCGGCUCGAUUCGAGGACGGGAAGCCCGUUGGCGGCAUUCCUGGUCCCGAGGCUUGGGCGGGCUUGAAUAUUCCCGUCUUUCUGAUUGGCGGCGAAAAGGAUAACGUCACGCCGCCAAAGGAGGUGGACAAGAUUGUCAAGGCCUUCCACUCACUGGACGAUUCCAUGGCUCAUGACGAGGCUCAGAUCCCAAUCGUGUCGGAGCUAGACUCGCCCGCGUCGGUCAACGGCUCAACACAGCUUGAUGCUGAUGCCAAUGACAAUAUCAACGGCCUGUCCGCCGAAGACGCCGAAGACAGCGAUGCCAACGGCCCUUCCACUCCCGUCGAGUAUCCGCCAGACCUGCCUCCUCAGUCACAACACCCCCUACGAGCCGUACGAUCCAUCAUCCUCACCGGCGCAGCAGCAAACCACACGCUGCUCUACUCCCCACGCACGGUCCGCGCCCUCGCCGGCCUCGUGUCCGACUUCCUCACCGACCACAUCACCCAGCGCCUCUCGCUCGCCUGGCAGCUGCAGCACCUCUCGCGCGAGGGCAAAUGGGACGUCAAGAACCUCCUCAAGUGGCAGGGCGUCAAGCCCGUCUCCGAGCCCAUCGGGCCCAGCAACAACCCCGUCUUCCGCGUCACCAAGACGCUCCGCGAGGCCGACGACGUGCACUGUCCGGCCGUCUUCGCCGACAACUGGGGCCACGCCAUCAAAGACGUGAUUGACAUUUCCAAGGACCAGCCCGUCUACGACCCGCGCGGCCUGGAGCGCCGCGGCAUCCACUACCACAAGUUCCCUACCGUGUCCAAGAUCCCCCCCGAGGCCGAAACCGUCGACCAGUUCAUCAAGCUGGUCGAUUCCAUCCGCGAGGCUCAGCGCGAGCGCGCCGCAGCAGAAGGCUGGUCCGGGCCCGAGCAAUGCGUCGUGGGCGUGCACUGCCAUUACGGGUACAAUCGCUCAGGAUACUUUGUCGUCUGCUAUCUUGUUGAAAAGUGCGGCUUUGCGCUGGCAGAUGCCAUUGAGGCGUUUAAGACGGCGAGGCCAAACGGGAUACGGCACUCGCAUUUCUUGGAUAAGUUGUAUAUGCGAUAUGAUCUUGAGGAGAGGCCUGUUGAGAAUUAA